AUGAAAGUUGGCUGCUGCUUCUUGAGUCUCACUCACACGCGCAUCCACCUCAAAAGGCUGCCUGGCUUCCGGUCCUGGGCUCUGUUGGUCGACAGCUGGAUGUGGAAGCUCUUCUACGUAGCUGGGUGCUGUUUUGUCGCUAUACAUAACCUGGAGGAGUGGGAGGAGGCCAUUUUUGAUAAGUCUAAAGGUCAAGUCAUUCUGAAGUCAUUUAACCUCUACACCAAAAUACUGACCAUGUGGAGGAAGGGACACGAGCAAGUGGUGGCCGAGCUGAAUCACCUGAGGGAUGUGAGUGUGGAGGAGGAGAGAGUGCGCUACCUGGGGAAAGGCUACCUGGUGGUCUUGCGAUUUGCCACCGGAUUCUCCCACCCGCUCACUCAGAGCGCCACCCUUGGCAGGAGGAGUGAUGCAGACGCUAUCGCUGAGCUGCUGAAGCGUUUUCUUGGGCUGGAUAAAGCACAGCAGAGGGAGAAAGCCUCUGACUCAGAUAGCAGUAACAGUGACCAAAUCGAACUCGAUGAAAACUAACCAGGUGAAGAAUCCUGGUGCCCCUCCGUUCCCUGGACAGGUAGCCAGCGGUGAUGAGCUCUGUGCUGCGAAGUCUGCCUGGGCCCUGGGCUUGACGAGAUUGGCUAAUUGCAGAACUGCAGAUCUUGUGGUGCCACUGCAUACCAGCGGGGUUACCAAGGCUGGGAACACUUUUCAAUGUCAUACCCUUAACUUGACAGAACUCUGGCAAGCUUCGAAGUUUAACCUUAGCUUUGUCCAAUCCUUUUCAGGUUGCACACAAUCCUUUGUUGCUUAUCUGAUGUUAAUGACUUUUUUGAUAUUGUGUGUGUGUGUGUAUUUAAAAUUUCUGUUUUGGCUUGAAGGAGUGUUAACCUAAGGUAAAAAAUAUAGAAACAUGUUCUUGCUUUUAUAGCACUUACAACACUAUAGCUGCCCCCCAUAUCCCCCCUAUAUUACUUUGCAUGGACAUUACGUGAUAAUAUUCUGAAUGCUGUGGGUAUAGGACAUGGAUCAUGAUGCUGAUAAUGUUUAGACGCAUGCGUAAUAAAAUUACUGACAUGCUUGGUUUUAAGUGACACUAUGCUGUUUUGUAUGCUGUCGUUAUCUCCAUUGACAUUGGAGUCAGGUCACUCAUAUUGAAAACAGCAAGAUCAAUUCUGAUGCUACAAGCCGAACACAGGUGGAUAGUGGAUUCUUUGACAACAAUCUAGAACAGUUUAUUGCAGACUGAUCUUGCUGAAAUACAAUUUAGUGGAAUCUCUUAGCCAUAUAUUUUAAUUGGAAUCACAAAUCCUGGUAUCCCACAAUUACACUGAGGGUUUUCCAUGAAUGUUCAUGCAGUACUGUUGUUAUUCCACGAAAGUAGAUAACCAAGUGAGUGGGUUGUUUAACCCCAUUUUCAUGAGUGGAAUAAACACAGCACUCCACGAAUGUUAAUUGCUGUAGAAGGGUCCACAGUAACAGGAGCCUGAGUUGGGCUAAAAUAAAGUUGCUCUUAUACAAAUUUUCAAAAUUCGAAUCCAUAUUUAUUUAGGUCACUGAAGUGUAGCCUAGCUGUAAAUGUAUUGAACAGAUCAAGUUUGGUACUAAAUUAUAUUUGUCAAAAUAGAAAAAUAAGCAGCACACGUUUUGUUGUUGUUGGUAUUAGUAUAUCAAAUAAUAGUGAAGUGCCUUGCUUGUUAUUAAUUUUUAUUUGAAAAUGGUUCUUUUUAAAUAUUGCACCAUACGUUAUUACAAUAAGACAGAAUGAUUUAUAGCACAGAUAAUGUACCUGUAAACAUUUUAUACAUUUUUUAAAAAUAAAACUUCAAUACAAAAUCAUGUGCAGUGU